UUUCAAGCUCCUACUCAACGGUUGACAGGUUCUUUUUGUCCAUAUUUGCAGUACUGCACUACGAAUGGCUAAAGAAGAUGCAGAAGACAAGCUAAAGGAACGUUUAAUAGAUACUCAGCAUCUGAUCACCAAUUGGUCUGUUGAGCUGAACCAAGACUUCGAAACCUCAGAAUCACUGAUUUCCCUAUUUCUGGAAUACUUUUAUCAAAACUUCCGCGUACAGCUGGACGUAACAACAAGAGAGAAGUUUGAGAAAAUCGCCAGUUUCAUGAGUGGUACCGAGUGUCCGGAUUCUUCCCUGUCUCAGAUCCAAACGGCUGCAUUGCUCCUGUCUAAAAAGAUUGAACUCGCCAAGCGCGAGCUCCAGUCUCUAGAAUUAGCCUAUUCGCGCUAUCAGGAUUACAAAUCGCGUGUGGAUCAGACAUAUGAGCCUUUGGCCAAAUUUGUGAAAAGUCCUCAGCUUGAUCCGAACCAGUUUCGCCUGAAUGUCAAGCCACUUGAACUAAUAAAGAAACGACAUUCCCGGCUACGCGAAAAUCUCCAACAGAUAAAUUCACAGCUAAAGCACGAGUUAGAUGCCGAUCCCACUCCUUCUGCUUCAGAUCUGGAAACUAUCAGGGGGAAAAUUGCCCAUCUCAACAAAAGAAAAACGGUUCUUGAAACUCAAUUGAGUGGGUACAUGGGUCUGUCUCCGCACCCUGAAAGGGCUCAAUCCCAGCUUGAUGCAGCAUUAGCUAAGAUGAACCUGAUGGACUCUACCUUUCGGGACAAGAUCGGUUUGGAUCGGUGGUGUUA